CUAGUCUGCCCAUCAUCAUCAUUCUCUCAUCGUCGGGGUCUGGCUGGCUGGGAUAGCAGAAAUUGCUGGUUGUAGUAUUUGCGUCGGAACUAUCAAAGCUCAAUCGCUUUGGCUGAAGGAUGUGGGAUUAAAAGAGAAUAAAAGGUCAAAAUACCUCCCUGGAUUUAAUUUGUUCCACGAUACUGCCACUACUUCGAAAUGUCGGGGAAAAUAGAGAGUAAACCAGACUCCCAACGCUCCCAUUUGUCUUCCUUCACCAUGAAGCUUAUGGACAAGUUCCACUCUCCCAAAAUCAAAAGGACACCCUCGAAGAAAGUCAGUAAGCCGCCUUUAGAACAUGGCGUUAAGACUGCGGAGAAACCUGCUAACAAGAGUCUGAGUCGGUUAGAGGAGCAAGAGAAAGACGUGGUCAGUGCCUUGCGUUACUUCAAGACCAUCAUUGACAAGAUGGCGGUGGACAAGAAGGUGCUGGAGAUGUUACCAGGCUCUGCCAGUAAGGUCCUGGAGGCCAUCCUGCCUUUAGUCCAAGUGGACGCAAGGAUCCAGCACAGCUCGGUGGUGUCCUCCUGUCUGAACCGUGUGUACCAGAGUCUGGGCAAUCUCAUCCGUUGGUCUGACCAAGUCAUGCUGGAGGGGGUCAACCUGGAAGAUAAAGAAACCAUCGUUACCGUCACCACUGUGAUCAAGGCAGUGCUUGAUGGUGUUAAGGAGCUAGUGAAACUGACCAUAGAGAAACAGGAGCAUCCUUCCCCCACGUCUCCUGUCAAACCAGUGCCAGUGGCCACCCCACCCGAGAGUGCUGCUGAGCCGCCUGCCAAUGAGAAGGAGAGUCUGGACAAGAGCUCAGCCACGUCCCAAUCUAUGGAAGCCCUGACUGAACCCACUGGAGAGGAGGAGGAGGAGGAGGAGGAGGUGGUGGCCCCACCAAAACCCCCUCUCCCUGGCCUCAAGAUGGCUGAACACAAUCCUCCUGCUCUGCCUCCAAAGAAGCGCCAGUCUGCCCCCUCACCCACCCGGGUGGCAGUAGUGGCCCCCAUGAGCCGCGCCACCAGUGGCUCCAGUCUUCCCAUGAGCAUCGGCCUCCACAAACAGGAGUACGAGGUGGAUGCCCUGCAGAGGCGCUUCUCUGGGGGCAGCCAUUACUACGGAGGGGAGUCGCCGCGCAUAUCCCCCUGCAAUAGCAUGGGCAAGCUGAGCAAGUCCGACGGGCAGCUGUCCUGGACAAUGGACAGUGGGCAGUGCUCACGCAACACCAGCAGUGAGGCUCUGGACACCACAGACCACUACGACCCGGACUACGACUUCCUGCACCAGGACCUGUCCAGCUUGGAGCAGAUGACUCCUGUGCCAGUGGGAGCGUGCCUCAGCCCCCUGCCUGAGUCCCACAGCGAGUCUUCCUGCCCUGGCCCCGGUCCGCCGCUGGCACAACUCCACUUCAGCUCCCUCCAGGGCUGCUCCGUGACUUCCGCCCUGCCGCCCCCUGCCCUGCCAGAAAAGAAGCGCAGAGGUGGCGCCUGCUCAGGCUUUUCCGACGGCUCCUACUCGGGCUCAUCCUGGUGCGUUUCCUUUGAGCGCCACCCAUCCCAGUACGACAACCUCAUGGAGGAGGACCUACCGCCUGUGCCCCCCUUUCCCCUGUUCACGCCCGACAUCUUGCCCCUGUGCCACACCGCCGGGGGGUUUGUGUCUGAGUUCAGCGGCAGCGAGACAACAGAUGUACCUCAGAGUCCACCGCCACUCCCUGAGAAGAAGAGCCGUCACAUACUGAAGUACAUGCAGUUUGUGGAAGACUACUCAGAGCCCCAGCCCUCAGUUUUCUACCAGAUGCCACAGAGCAAGAGCAUCUAUGAGCAACGCAACAAGCACUUCCAGGAAGUCUACGGCUUCAAUGACUCGUUUAGCAGCAGCGACUCUGUCCACGAGCCCCUCCCACCCCCGGCACUGCCACCCAAACAGAGGCAGCUGAGCAUGGACCUAGCGGCCCCGGGCAGUGGCAGCCCCGACCCUGUGCUGGUGGCCAACGGCUCUCUGGACAGCUCUCUUGCUAUCGGUCUUCUCACUGACUCUUCUUUCUCUGACACUCGUCAAACCUCUUUGAGCGAAAGCGCUAACGAGGAAGGCGGGGAGGGAGAGUACGUUAAUCUGUACACAUCCAGCCAAGCCAACGGAGAUGGGCUCUCCCGCCGAGACUCGUCUGCCAUAGAUGACUCACUGGAGGACACUGCCUCGGAGAACCCACUGUGCAAUAACAAGGACAUGUCCGAUGACCGCCGAAGACAAAAGUCGUCUGAAGAUGGGCAGAGUAGCGAGGAGACGGAUGAGCUUUCCCUCAUCGAUCACAUGGAGAUCAUGUCCCGGUUAACACUAAAGCAGGAGAACGAUGACGGUCCAGAUGUCCGAGCCGGAUCGGGGGAUAUUUUAUUAGUCCACGCCACAGAAACGGACCGCAAAGAUCUUGUCUUGUACUGUGAGGCUUUCCUGACGACGUACAGAACGUUCAUAACCCCAGAGGACCUUAUCAAAAAGCUGCACUACAGAUACACCAGGUUUUGUCACUGCCCAGAUACCUUCAAGAAGAAAGUCAGCAAAAACACCUUCUUUGUUCUUGUCCGUGUGGUGGACGAGCUGUGUCUGGUGGAGAUGACGGAGGACAUCCUGAUGCAGCUGAUGGACUUGGUGUUCAGGCUGGUGUGUAACGGUGAGCUGAGCCUGGCCCGCGUCCUCCGCACAAACAUCCUGGACAAGGUGGAGCAGAGGAAGCUGCUGCGCUACACCUACUCGCUCAAACCACUGGCCGCAAGAGGUGUCGCCGCCAGACCUGGGACCCUGCACGACUUCCGAAGUCAUGAGAUCGCCGACCAGCUAACUCUCCUGGAUGCAGAGCUCUUCUACAAAAUUGAGAUCCCUGAGGUGUUGCUUUGGGCUAAGGAGCAGAACGAGGAGAAGAGUGCCAACCUCACACAGUUCACAGAGCACUUUAACAACAUGUCCUACUGGGUACGCUCCAUAAUCAUUCUGCAAGAGAAAGCCCAGGACCGAGAAAAGCUCCUCCUCAAAUUUAUCAAAAUAAUGAAGCACUUACGGAAGCUAAAUAAUUUCAACUCAUAUUUGGCAAUAUUAUCUGCCUUGGAUUCAGCUCCCAUCCGAAGACUGGAGUGGCAGAAAACAACCUCAGAGGGCCUAGAGGAAUACUGCACGUUAAUAGACAGCUCCUCGUCGUUCCGGGUCUACCGAGCGGCACUGGCAGAUGUGGAGCCCCCAUGUAUACCAUAUCUGGGUCUUAUCCUCCAGGACUUGACCUUUGUCCAUCUGGGCAACCCUGAUCAAAUCAACGGGAAGGUCAACUUCUCCAAGCGCUGGCAGCAGUUCAACAUCCUGGACAGCAUGAGGCGCUUCCAGCAGGUGCAUUAUGAUCUGAAACACAACGACGAUAUUGUCUCCUUCUUCAACGACUUCAGCGACCACCUGGCAGAGGAGGCUCUGUGGGAGCUGUCUUUGAAGAUCAAACCUCGGAACAUUACGCGGCGCAAAACAGAGCGCGAAGAAAAGACAUAGGAACAUGUCCCACUGUAUUGGGCCUUGGGUCAAACUCUUCAUGAUUACAAGAGACUACAAAUGAGAACUGUGAAGGCAGCUAAAAGACUGGGAUGUUUUUUUGUUAGUAGUUUACAGGACCUCUCUGCUGUGGAUUGCACUGGGUCUCAGUCCGUGUGUGAGUAAAGCCAGUGGGAUAGACACUGUGCAGAGCACAAAGUGUUGGGAGGCUCGCAAAAAGAUUCCUCAUGUUCACCUUUGUCGCCAACCUCAUCCACCCAAUGCCAUAUUAUGGGUAUAGUCCAAGCAUUUCAGGAUCUCACAACCAGAGACAUUGUCCUGACUAAAACCAUAUCAUACUGAUGUGUGCCAUGGGAAACACCACUCAGUUUAGGCUUCUUUUUUUAUAUGGGACACCAGCCCUUUUUUUGAUGACAAACUGGGAUACCAUAACGUCUGACAUGGCAGAGAACCGCUGUUGGUGGUGCAGAACUUUGAGGAAAAUACCUCAAAUCACCCGGGUCUGCUUCAAGACUACUGGUGGUAAAGAUAUUACUGAUGCACACAAGACUGAAUUUUGUAGUUCAAGGAAGUGUUGUAUGACACUGUCUGACUGAUGCAAUGCAAUUUUCCUUUUGUUCUUUAAAAGGAUACUUCAGAAAUGGGGAGACGUGAUAUGAAGUUUAUAUACAGUACCAGUCAAAAGUUUGGACACA